GUGUGUGCCUGUGUGUGUGUGUCUAGGCGAUACAGCAGCAGUGGUCUUCAGUAGCAGUGAGGGAAUCGUGUGGAUGAAGCCUGAUGGGUCUGAGAAUAAAAAGAUCACCAACACAACAGGAACAUCAGGAGCUUUAACCUCUCACACUGCUGAUAACACACUGUACUGGACCAACACUGAACACAUCUACAGGUUGGUUCUGGAUGCAUUAGAUCAUGAACCCACAGUGAUGUUCUCUGGAGUCAGUGGGAUUGUGGGUCUGGCUGUGGACUGGAUUAAUGAGGUUCUGUACUGGACCAGUAACAGUACUGGAGCUGUUCAUGCUGCAGAACUGAACGGAUGUGAACACACUCCUCUAAUCUCGGGUCUGUCGUCCCCGACCGCUGUCGCCGUGCAGCCUGUAGUCGGUUUCCUGUUCUGGGCCGACGCUGGAGUUUCUCCCAGAAUCGAGCGCUCUGGUCUGAACGGACAGAACAGGAAAAUCCUGGUCAGCGCCAUUAUUCAGAACCCCGUCUCCAUCGCUCUCGACGUUCCCCGUGGGCUGCUGUACUGGGCCGACUCGGGCCUGAACACCGUGUCGAGGGUGGCGUAUGACGGCCUGCACAGAAAGACGGUGGUGGAAUCAAACGGUUAUCUGAACCAGCCGUUUGGACUGGCCGUGUUUGAGGUUAGUGUUUUCAGCUUGUGUGCUGCAGUGUGA